AUGAGGGUGGUUGUACUUGCCCUGGCUGUGGCCCUUGUGGCGGGUCACACUCAUAACUUUGCUCCUGAUUUUGCUGCUGGUAAGACUUAUGUGUACAAAUAUGAGGCAUUGCUCCUGGGCGGUCUGCCAGAGGAAGGUUUGGCAAGAGCCGGACUUAAAGUCAGCAGCAAAGUUCUCAUCAGUGCUGCAGCGCAAAAUAUAUACAUGCUGAAGCUUGUGGAACCUGAGUUCUAUGAGUACAGUGGUGUCUGGCCUAAGGAUCCUUUAAUCCCAGCAACCAAGCUGACUUCAGCGCUGGCAGCUCAGCUCUUGACUCCCAUCAAGUUUGAGUAUGCCAAUGGUGUUAUCGGAAAAAUGUUUGCCCCUGAGGGAAUCUCCACACUGGUGCUGAAUGUCUACAGAGGUAUCCUGAAUGUCCUUCAGCUCAACAUCAAGAAGACACAUAAUGUCUACGAGUUGCAGGAGGCUGGAGCUCAGGGUGUGUGCAAGACUCUCUAUGCCAUCACUGAAGACGAAAAGGCUGAACGCAUCCUUUUGACAAAGACCAGGGACCUGAACCAUUGUCAGGAGAAGAUCAUGAAGGACAUGGGGUUGGCAUACACUGAGAAAUGUCUAAAGUGCCAGCAGGAUUCAAAGAACCUGAGAGGAGCUACAGCAUACAAUUACAUCUUGAAGCCAGUUGCUACUGGCGUCCUGAUCCUGGAGGCAGCUGUCAAUGAGCUGAUCCAGUUCUCACCUUUCACUGAGAUGAACGGAGCGGCUCAGAUGGAGACCAAGCAAUCCUUGGUUUUCCUUGAGAUUCAAAGGGCCCCUAUUGUACCCAUCGAGGCUCAAUAUCUUCACCGUGGAUCUCUCAAGUAUGAGUUCUCCACCGAGCUUCUUCAGACACCCAUUCAGCUCAUCAAGAUCAACAAUGCACAGGCCCAGAUUGUGGAGAUUCUGAAUCAUCUGGUCGCCCACAAUGUGGAGAGAGUCCAUGAAGAUGCCCCUCUUAAGUUUUUGGAGCUCAUUCAGGUCCUCCGUGCAGCCCACUUUGAAGACCUGGAAAUGCUCUGGAGCCAAUACAGAAACAAACCUGCCUACAGACAGUGGAUCUUGGAUGCCAUCCCUGUCAUCGGAACACCUGCUGCUCUGAGAUUCAUCAAGGAGAAAUUCCUGGCUGGUGAGCUGACUGUUGCUGAAACAGCUCAGGCUUUGAUUGCAUCCAUUCACAUGGUGACAGCAAGCACUGAGGCCAUCAAGCUGGUCAAGGCCCUCGGAGCCCUCAAUAAAAUACUGGAGAACCCAGUUCUGCGGGAGAUUGUCUUCCUUGGCUAUGGUACCAUGAUUUCCAAAUACUGUGCUGAGAAGGCUUUCUGCCCUGCUGAACUCAUAAAGCCCAUCCAGGAGCUCCUUGCAGAGGCUGUCGCUAAGGAUGAGACCCAGGACAUCAUCCUGUACCUGAAGGUUUUGGGUAACGCUGGCCAUCCUACUAGCCUUAAGCCGAUAACAAAGAUCCUGCCCAUACAUGGCACUGCAGCUGCAUCUCUGCCCAUGAGAGUCCAUGCUGAUGCCAUCAUGGCCUUGAGGAACAUUGCAAAGAAGGAGCCUAGAAUGAUCCAGGAAUUGGCUCUUCAGCUCUACAUGGACAAGGCUCUUCACCCAGAGCUUCGUAUGCUUGCAUGCAUUGUGCUGUUUGAGACAAAGCCUCAAAUGGGUUUGGUGACAACUCUUGCCAACAUUGUGAAGUCAGAGGAGAACCUGCAAGUAGCAAGCUUCACUUACUCUCAUAUGAAGUCCCUGACCAGGAGUACUGCCGCUAUCCAUGCCUCAGUUGCCGCAGCUUGCAACGUCGCUGUCAAAAUCCUGAGCCCAAGGCUGGACAGACUGAGCCUACGAUUCAGCAAAGCCAUCUACAUGGACAUCUAUAACAGUCCGUUGAUGCUCGGUGCUGCAGCCAGUGCUUUCUACAUCAAUGAUGCUACUACCAUUCUGCCUAGAUCUAUUGUGGCUAAGACCAGUGCCUACUUUACUGGAGCUGCUGCUGAUAUUCUGGAGGUUGGAGUGAGAACUGAGGGAGUCCAGGAGGCUUUUCUGAAAAACCCUGCAGUUAUUGACAGUGUUGACAGGAUCACCAAGAUGAAGCGUGUCAUUAAGGCUCUCUCUCAGUGGAGGUCUCUGCCCAACAGCAAGCCUCUGGCCUCCAUCUAUGUCAAGUUCUUCGGACAAGAAAUUGCCUUUGCCAACAUUGACAAAGCCUUGAUUGAUCAGGCCAUUGCGCUCGCCACUGCACCCUCUGUUCAGGCAUUUGGUAGGAACACUUUCAAGGCUCUGCUGUCUGGUGCUUCCUUCCACUUUACUAAGCCUCUGCUGGUUACUGAGGUGCGACGCAUCCUGCCUACUGCUGCUGGUCUUCCAAUGGAGCUCAGUCUGUACACUUCUGCUGUGGCUGCUGCAGCUGUUCAAAUCAAGGCGACCACAACACCACCUCUGCCUGAAAACUUCCAUUUCGCUCACCUUCUGAAGACAGACAUGCAGCUUGAGACUGAGAUUAAACCGAGUGUUGCUGUGAGCACAUUUGCUGUGAUGGGGAUAAACACCGCUAUACUCCAGGCUGCCCUGAUAUCAAGAGCCAAGCUCAACUCCAUUUUACCCGCCAAAAUCGCCGCAAGACUUGACAUCAAUGAGGGCAACUUUAGGAUUGAAGCUCUGCCUGUUGCUGUGCCUGAACACAUUGCAGCUGUGAAUGUUGAGACUUUUGCUGUGGCAAGAAAUGUUGAGGACCUUCCUGCUGCAAGAAUCACUCCUAUUAUCCCUGCCAAGGUCUUGUGGCCCAUCUCAAGGGAGAUUCUCAGAUCUAAGAUUAUUUCUUCUGCUGCAGCUAGUUUGUCAGGAUCAUCAGAGAUGAUUUCCCAGGAUGUGGCAGUUGCCAAGCCAACAAUAAAACGCAAAGCAGCUCAAUUUGAGAAGAAGUACUGUGCUAAGACUGUUGCCAUUGGACUGAAAGGCUGUAUCAAGAUUGCCACUGAAAACGCUGCUUACCUCAGAGACGUUGCUCUGUAUAAGCUGGCUGGAAGGCACUCUGUUACUCUUUCUUUCAAACCGAUUGAAGGUGAAGUCAUUGAGAGAUUGGAGAUGGAGAUUCAAGUUGGGCCAAAGGCUGCAGAGAAGCUCAUUAAGCAGAUCAACCUGAGUGAAGAGGAAAUCGUUGAGGGAAGACCAGUCUUGAUGAAGCUCAAGAGAAUCCUGGCUCCUAGUCUGAAGAACGGCACCCUGUCCUCCUCCUCCAGCUCCAGCAGUUCUCAUUCAAGUCUUCGUUCCAAGUCUUCCUCUUCCUCUUCCAGCUCCUCAUCUCGUGCCAGCAGCAAGGUCACUGAUGCAGCUCCUCCAGCCAGUAGACUUCAACGCAGCAGCAGCAGCAGCAGAAGCAUUAGCAGCAGCAGAAGCAGCAGCAGCAGCAGCAGCAGCAGCAGCAGCAGCAGCAGCAGUAGCAGCAGCAGCAGCAGCAGUAGCAGUAGCAGCAGAAAAAGCCGCAGCAGCAGAAGCAGCAGAAGCAGCAGCAGAAGCAGCAGCAGCUCCUCUAGAUCUCUGAGCAGUUCCUCCAGGUCCAGCUCUGCAUCAAGCUUUGCAUCUCUCUUCAGUGCUAGCUCAAGUUCCUCUCACUCUAGUGCUCGUCUCUCAAAGCGAGUGAUUUAUCACCACAAGUUCCAGAAGAACCACAAGAUACAGCCUCUUACCUCUCAAGCCACCUCAGCAGCAGUUUCCAGGAGCCGAAGCAGUGCCUCAAGCUUUGAGGCCAUCUACAGAAAGAACAAAUUCCUUGGCAAUGAAGCUGCUCCUACCUUUGCGAUCAUGUUCCGUGUUGUCAGAGCUGACAACAAGACGCAGGGAUACCAACUGGCUGCCUACCUCGACAGACCUACCGCCAGACUUCAGAUCAUUCUGACUGCCUUGGCUGCUGAUAACAACUGGAAGUUCUGUGCUGAUGGAGUUCUUCUAACCAAGCACAAAGUCACAGCCAGAUUAGCUUGGGGAGCAGACUGCAAGCAGUAUGACACCAUGAUCACAGCCGAGACUGGUCUUGUUGGUCGCAGCCCUGCAGCUCGUGUCAGAGUAGCCUGGAACGAACUACCUUCUGCCCUUAAACGCUACGCAAAGAUGGUGUAUGACUACAUUCCUGCCUCCAUGCUAGCUGGCAUGAUUCAAGGAAAGGAUAAAAACAGCGCCAAGCAGCUCUCAUUUACUGUGGUUGCAACAUCUGACAGGACACUUGACCUCAUUUGGAAAACACCAACACGUACUGUCUACGAGCUGGCUUUGCGUCUUCCUAUCGCUCUGCCACUUGAUGACAUCACAGGACUCACCCCCUUCGAUGACUUUGCUGAUAAAGUCCACUACUUUUUUACCAAGGCUGGCGCAGCUGAAUGUAGCUUCAACAGAGACACACUGACCACAUUCAACAACAGGAGAUACAAGAACGAGAUGCCUUUGUCUUGCUACCAAGUUCUGGCACAAGAUUGCACCGAUGAGCUGAAAUUUAUGGUUCUGCUUAAGAAGGAUCACAUUGAACAGAACCAUAUCAAUGUGAAGAUUGCUGACAUUGAUAUUGACCUGUACCCGAAGAACACAGACGUGAUUUUGAAGGUCAAUGGAAUGGAAAUACCCAUCAACAACCUGCCAUACCAGCAUCCCACAGCUAAAAUCCAGAUAAGGCCAAAGGGUGAAGGCAUCUCUGUGUACGCUCCAAGCCAUGGUCUUCAUGAAGUCUACUUUGACAAGAACACAUGGAAGGUUAAAGUUGUGGACUGGAUGAAGGGACAGACUUGUGGACUCUGUGGAAGGGCUGAUGGGGAAGUCAGACAGGAGUACCGCACACCCAAUGGACGCUUGACUAAGAACGCAACCAGCUAUGCUCAUUCCUGGGUCUUGCCAGCCAAGACCUGCAGAGACACCACUGAAGCACUUACAGAGUGCCGUAUGAAGCUUGAAUCUGUGCAGCUGGACAAGCAGGUAAACAUCCAUGGGCAGGAAUCCAGAUGCUUCUCUGUUGAGCCUGUGCUGCACUGCCUGCCCGGCUGCUUCCCUGUGAAGACCACAGCUGUUACAGUUGGCUUCCACUGCUUACCUGCUGAUUCUGCCAUGAAUCGCCCAGAGUCUCUUCACAGCAUCUAUGAUAACAGCGAGGACCUGAAGGAAACAGCAGAAGCCCACCUGGCCUGCAGCUGUACCGCUCAGUGUGCUUAACACUUUCUACUGUCAGUCACUUAUGUCAUGUAAAUGUUUUGAAUGUGAUUAUAAAUAAACUGCAUCUACAAUUAAGUUUUCUGUUACAUUACUACAAGUAUGGAGGAUUUGUAAAAGUGCAAAAUUGCAUGUGUUUAAAAAGAAACUAUACAGUUCAUCUCCAUGUCCCUCCACCAUGUGAAGCUGAACACAGCUGUAUACAUUAUCAUUUAUGAUGCUUGUAUGCAAUAUUAAACAUAAUUAUGUGCAACAGGAUCUAAAUGGGGUCACAUUUCAUUUAAAGCUUUCCAAAUACUUGAUAAAUCAUUAACACUUAAAUCAACUGUCUGGCAAAUGGAUUGACUUCAGUUCCUUAAUAAUGUACUUCAAAUGUUAGACUUUUAUAGCCCUAUACCUUUGCACAGCAUUACCAGUAUAACAUCUUUGCAUUAUAGUGGUAAAGAUAUUGAUCAGUGUUAGCCAAUACUGCUAGACAGUUCAGCUCCAAAAGAAACCUACAAGAGCAAAUCUAGACAGUGAUAAAGUUGUUUAUUACAGUACGUA